AUGAAAGGUACCGAUAAUUUUCAGGAACUCGAGCUUUCGAAGGUGAAAUUCGAAACGGCUCAGAAAAUCACUGAUAUCUACAAACAGCAGACUGAUAAUCUACUUGCUCUCUAUGACAAGCAGGACAAGAUGUUGAUUGGCAUCUUUGGAACUGACUACGCGUCCGAGAAAGAGAAUAUUCUGGAAGGAGAGGUGGACGAGAUGAUGGAUUGGCAGCAACGAGUGGCAUUAGCAAUGUUCAAGUGGGCUAACGGACGCGUUCUGCUCGUACAUGCACUCACUCAAAUCACUUUCGGAAUCAAUCGUUGGCAAGAUAUCAAGAAAAUCGAGGAAAGUAACACCCGAGCGCGUUACUUCGCAGCUGCUGAAGCUCGGAACAACUUCAUCGCUGCUGCCCAAAAUGUUCAAUCCUGUCGGAUGUACCUUAAUAAGGUUGAAUUUCCAUACGCCACGGAGGAAGAGAUCCUACUGAUGGAGGAUACAGCUACAAAAGCCUUCAAAAAUGUUCAGGAUGACGCAAUAGUGAAAAAGGUUUUAUCAAGAGACGCAGCAGAAAGUCGCGCGCGACUCAUUCAGUGGUUCGACAAAGUGAUCAACGAUACAAUACGGAAGGAUCUUGACCAGGCUAACAAUGCGGUGAUCAAGAAGCAAAAAGCCUUGAGAGAAGAGAGGCUAUCACUGAUGAAGAAACAGACUGAAAAAGAGCUAGGACAUAGUAUGGAAUUCGAGUAUGACACUAUUUCCGAUGACGAUCUCGAAAAGGAACUGAAAAGCUUGGAAGAGGAGGCAAUCAGGGGAAUGAAGGCAGUGAAAAACAAGAAAAUAUCGGUAAGCUGCUAA